GGGCCCACCCGUCAGCGUCCCUCCCGGGGACAUAAACCUCCCUCCCCCACCGUACUGUCAACUACCCCCCACCCUUCAAUUCCCCCACCCGGUGCCGCGCCGUUGCAGCAGCAGAAUCCGCCGCCCCCACCCCCGCGCAUGGAUCGCGCCGGGCGGCGCGCCCGCGGCCGCCGCGGCGAGUCCCCGGCGGCGGCGCGAGCGGGAGCGCCGUCCUCCUCCCGCGCGCGCCGACGCGGCGAGGGGCCGGUCGUUGUCAUCGACCUCGGCGACGACGACGACGACGAACGCGGCGGUGGCAGGGGCAGGGAGGCGGCGGGCGGCGCUGCGGGCAGGCGCGGGGGCUCGGCGGCGGCUGCCUCGCCUCCGCGUUCGGCUACGCCGCCGCCGAUGAUGGUGCCGGCGGGGGCGGUAGCGAUGCGGACGCGAUCGCGGAGGCGGGCGAUGGAGGCUGCGGUGGCGGCGCCGGAGGAGUCCGGGGCGAAGAGGAGGAGGAAGGGAGCGAGCUCGGAUGUCGCGGAGGCGCCCGGUGGCCGGGGCAGCAAGGCCGCCGGGGCCUCGAGGUCGACGCCGAGAGAUAAGCGGCGCGGGCGCGGGCGCAACCGCUCGCGGCGAGCGUCGGAGCCAGCGAGCACGGCCCGCGCGCGGAAGCGCAGGGGCAAGGGGUCGGAGGCGGAAACAGAGGUGGAGGCGCCAGCCCGUGGAGAACGGGUGAAUGUGUCACGUGGCAAUGAAAGUGAUGACGACGGCGGGAGACGCGAUGACGCUUCUGAUGGCGGGAAUGGGGAGGCUCGCACUGGAAGCGCCACUGAUAAAAAGGGCAACAGGGAUCGUCGCAGAGCCACUGGUGGGGACGAGAUUCUGGAGCCUUGCGUAGCCCGGGAGGUCACUGCUUUGGAUUUGAAUCAUCGCACGGACGAGGUGGUCUCGGGAGAUGCAGAGGAAGUGGAAGGUGCUGGUGAUGAGGGAGGUGGGCGAGAUGAUGGCUCUAUUGUCGACGAGAACACGAGGGAUUCUGGGAACAGAGAGCAGGCACCGAUUGUGAAUGUAGUGGCUGAGGAGAUGGCACCCUUUGAAGAUGACUAUGACGACGAGAUGUUGGAGGAGCAGCUUGUUGGAGAUGUAAUCCGUGCUUACAGCAACGGUGAAGACUUGGAUGCAGAUGGAGUGGAUUGGGAGGCAGAGGAUGAGAUGGAGUUCGAUGAUGAGGAACAGCUUGUUGGAGAUGUAAUCCGUGCUUACAGCAAUGGUGGAGACUCGGAUGCAGAUGGAGUGGAUUGGGAGGCAGAGGAUGAGAUGGAGUUCGAUGAUGAUGCUGAUGAUGGCGAUUUUAUGGAUGAUGCUGAUGAAGGUGGCAUGACAGAACCAAUACAAGACCAUGAUAAGAUGGAAAUGCAAGACUUGGUGAACCAUAAUGUUGUUUUGAGUGAAGGGAGGUGUCAGGAGGCAGAGGCGGAGGCAGAGGAGGAGGAAGCAGGUAUCAAGGAUGAGGUGGAAUCAAAGGGUGAAGCAGCUCCAGGUUCUAGUCAACAGGGCUUGCAUGUAGAAAUUCUAGACUCUGAUGAGGAAGAAGUCAAGGUGCUCGAAAACGUGAGUAGUGCCCCCUCCAGGAAGGCAUCAGUGCAAGCCAAGUUACCAACAAUUCCAUCUUGUGUUGCAUGGAGAACUCGAUCUUCGUGGGGGAUGAUUCAAGAUAGGCUAUCAUACGAUACAUAUUUUGACGCAUUGUCUGAUGAGCCAAAAGAGGAGGAGGAUGACACAGAAGUUGAACUUGAUGAAGAGGACAACAAUGAUGAUGACAGUAGUGAAACUUCUGAUGAAGAUGAAGAAGAGGAGGAGGAAGAGGAGGAAGAGGAAGAGGCUGAGAGGAGAAAACUCAAGAACAGGAUUUACACAUCCGAUGAUGACAUGAUCGGUACUACUGUUCCUACCUCAAGAUAUGAGGAUACUACUGUUCCUACCUCAAGAUAUGAUAUUGAGUGGGAGGAGGAUGAAGAUGCAAGUGUCGAUAUUUCUCAGCCAAUCUCCUUUAUGAAAGCUACCAGAUGGAACCCUGUGGCUGUGGGCAAUGGCAAUGACACAUUUACCGAGCAACAAAAGCAAUCACGAUUUACUUGGGAGCUUGAGAGGAGGAAAAAGGUUAAGCUUGGGAUGAAGACACAUCCUUUGUAUGAGCAGGAUUUGGACUCAGAUUCGAGUUCGUCGGGUUCUGGCCAGAUCAAAAGGUAUGGAUUCAAGGAUGGUGAUCAUAAAGUUGGGAGGAAAAAGAAGCAUCCAUCGUCCAAAUCAGGGAAGAAAUCUGGCCAUGCAACCAUGCUGAAGAGACAGUCUCUUCUGAAGCUUUUGAUAGAUAAAAUGAGCGGUGAUAAAAAUGGAGAAACUUUCCCAUUUGAUCAGAAUCCUCAGCUCCAGUUUAUUUUCAAGGAAAUGCAUCCGUUGGUAUUUUCAUUUGGAGAUGAAGAUUUGGUACCAGCUGACAAACCAGAGCAAGAUGGUGCAUUGGAUAUGUUGUGGGCUGACUUUGACUUUGCUUUAGAGUCGGAGAAUAUUGGCACUUAUUAUGAUGAUGAGGGUCAAGGAGAGGGCAAUCAACUAGAUUUUGCUCUUGCCCCAGUAACACCUUGUUCUCGAGGGAAGCAUGAAUUUAUCAUUGAUGAUCAAAUUGGAAUCAGAUGCAAAUAUUGUUCCUUAGUAAAUCUGGAAAUCAAAUUCAUGUUCCCAUCAUUGGUCUCAGGUUUUGCCGAAAAAUCUGCAUGGCCAAAUGCCAAAGGUGUGAAGAAUGCAUUGAUGUUUCAUGACCUUUAUGAAGAAGCAGACAGUGGCACCGAGCACUCUCAAGAUUUCCAUCUAUAUGGAACAGUGUGGGAUCUGAUUCCAGGGGUCAUUAGUACUAUGUAUGAGCAUCAGCGUGAAGCAUUUGAAUUUAUGUGGACGAAUCUAGUUGGUGAUAUUAGGCUUGAUGAGCUGAAGCAUGGAGCAAAGCCUGAUGUUGUUGGAGGAUGUGUGAUCUGUCAUGCUCCAGGGACAGGGAAGACACGAUUAGCAAUUGUAUUUAUCCAGACAUAUAUGAAAGUGUUUCCAGACUGCCGGCCAGUGAUUAUUGCACCUCGUGGGAUGCUUUUUGCUUGGGAUGAGGAAUUUAAGAAAUGGAAUAUUGAUGUUCCUUUUCAUAUAAUGAAUACAACUGAUUACACUGGAAAAGAGGACCGAGACAUAUGUAAGUUAAUAAAGAAAGAACAUCGGACAGAAAAGUUGACAAGACUUGUGAAACUGCUUUCAUGGAACAAGGGGCAUGGUAUUCUUGGAAUAAGUUAUGGCCUUUAUACGAAAUUAACAUCUGAAAAACCUGGUUGCACAGAAGAAAACAAAGUGCGAAGCAUUCUUCUUGAAAACCCUGGCUUGCUUGUUCUUGAUGAAGGACACACACCUAGGAAUGAUCGUAGUGUCAUGUGGAAGACACUAGGAAAAGUUAAAACAGAGAAACGUAUAAUUCUAUCUGGAACUCCUUUUCAGAACAAUUUUCUUGAGCUUUACAACAUUCUUUGUUUGGUAAGGCCUAGGUUUGGUGAAAUGUUUCUGACUAAAGCAAGAGUGGGUCGAAGGCACUAUGUCUCAAAGAAGCAAAAGGAUAAGUUUUCUGAUAAAUAUGAAAAAGGAGUUUGGGCUUCACUAACUAGCAAUGUAACUGAUGAUAAUGCAGAGAAAGUAAGAUCAAUAUUGAAACCAUUUGUUCAUAUCCAUAAUGGUAACAUUCUUCGAACUCUUCCAGGGCUCAGAGAGAGCGUGAUUAUUCUGAAACCACUUCCCCUUCAAAAGAGUAUUAUUAGAAAGGUGGAAAACAUUGGUUCUGGCAACAACUUUGAGCAUGAAUAUGUAAUUUCUUUAGCUUCUACACACCCUUCCCUUGUAACAGCCAUUAACAUGUCUGAGGAGGAAGCUUCACUUAUUGAUAAAUCUAUGCUUCAAAGAUUGAGGUCAAAUCCCUAUGAAGGGGUAAAAACCAGAUUUGUAAUCGAAGUUGUUCGUUUGUGCGAGGCACUAAGAGAGAAGGUUUUGAUUUUUAGCCAAUUUAUUCAGCCACUAGAACUGAUAAAAGAGCAUCUUCGCAAGUUCUUUAAGUGGAGAGAAGGGAAGGAAAUUCUUCAAAUGGAUGGAAAGAUCCUUCCAAGAUAUCGCCAGGCUUCGAUUGAAGCCUUUAAUAAUCCAAAUAAUGACUCCAGGGUGUUACUUGCAUCCACAAGAGCUUGCUGUGAAGGGAUUAGCUUGACAGGAGCUUCAAGAGUUGUGCUUCUAGAUGUUGUUUGGAACCCAGCUGUUGGAAGGCAAGCCAUCAGCAGAGCGUUUAGGAUAGGUCAGAAGAAAUUUGUAUAUACAUACAAUUUGAUAACUUAUGGAACAGGUGAAGGUGACAAAUAUGACAGGCAAGCGGAAAAGGAUCACCUGUCCAAGUUGGUCUUCUCUACAGAAGACGAGUUCAAUAAUGUUAGGAACAUGCUAUCUAAAGCUGAAAUGGAGCACUGUUCUAAGUUGAUUUCAGAAGAUAAGGUUUUGGAGGAGAUGACUUCUCACGACCAACUUAAAGGAAUGUUUUUGAAGAUACAUUAUCCACCAACCGAGUCAAACAUUGUUUAUACUUACAAUCAGAUUGCUCCUGCGUAAGUUGAUGGCAGUCUUCAUCAUCAGAUUGAUUUAUUCUAAGGCUAGAUGCAGGCUAGACAUGCACUGAAGAACACCAACAGGUUUCAUUGUCUUUAUGUCCAUUCCACGAUAGAUCUACAAUUGUAUUGUAAGUUGUAACCCAUCAUGCAGCUUGGUUAGGACUAAAAGUAGAACUUAAUAAUUGGUAGCAGAGCCUCAAUGUAUUUGGUGGUGCGCACAAGGUUGCAGGCUUACCGAUCCACAUGUUUCCAUCCAAAUGUGAUGUAUAAUAAUCCAGUUGGAUCAUUUGAGGUGGUCCAACUUUAUUUGAAUAAAAGACUGCCUCAAUUCAAAUAAACAGACUCUGCCUCAAUUGGUGAUUUGGGUGGUCCAAUUCAUUUUGUGGUACUACCCAUGCCACUAUGCAACUGCGAACCGUGCUUACAAUGAGUUUUUCUGACAACCAUCACAUGUAGAAGAAUAUGGGUCAAUCAGGUCUGGAGAAAUUGACACAAAGCAUAGGCGCAAGAAUUUAUAGUGAGAGAGAGACAAAUGUGAAACCUGUACACAUAUUGAUGAAAAAAUGAAGUUGUAGGUUUUAGAAGUCCAGAAGAGCUUAUUCACUUCCAUGCAGGGCCUUUCAUGCCACCGAUAACAUCUGCUCAUCUCGUGGACUGGGAUCAUGCAGGCAUACUGUAAGUUCUUACUCAAGUCAUACAGUUCUACUGAAA